GCUGCAGCGGCUCUGCGGAUCGGGGGCCGGGGCCGGGGCCCGGGCGCCCACCCUCCCAGCUUCUCCCGCCAUGAGCCAGGGGAGUCCGGGGGACUGGGCCCCCCUCGACCCCACCCCCGGUCCCCCAGCACCCCCGAACCCUUUCGUGCAUGAGUUACAUCUCUCCCGCCUCCAGAGGGUUAAGUUCUGCCUCCUAGGGGCAUUGCUGGCCCCCAUCCGAGUGCUUUUGGCCUUUAUCGUCCUCUUUCUCCUCUGGCCCUUUGCCUGGCUGCAAGUGGCUGGUCUUACUGAGGAGCAGCUUCAGGAGCCAAUUACAGGAUGGAGGAAGACUGUGUGCCACAAUGGGGUGCUGGGCCUGAGCCGCCUGCUCUUUUUCCUGCUGGGCUUCCUCCGGAUUCGCGUUCGCGGCCAGCGGGCCUCUCGCCUUCAAGCCCCUGUCCUUGUUGCUGCCCCCCACUCCACUUUCUUUGACCCCAUUGUUCUGCUGCCCUGUGACCUGCCCAAGGUUGUGUCUCGAGCUGAGAACCUUUCUGUGCCUGUCAUUGGAGCUCUUCUUCGAUUCAACCAAGCCAUCCUAGUAUCCCGGCAUGACCCAGCGUCUCGGCGCAGAGUGGUGGAGGAGGUCCGAAGGCGGGCCACCUCAAGAGGCAAGUGGCCCCAGGUACUGUUCUUUCCUGAGGGCACCUGUUCCAACAAGAAGGCUUUGCUUAAGUUCAAACCAGGAGCCUUCAUCGCAGGGGUGCCUGUGCAGCCUGUCCUCAUCCGCUACCCCAACAGUCUGGACACCACUAGCUGGGCGUGGAGGGGCCCUGGAGUACUCAAAGUCCUCUGGCUCACAGCUUCUCAGCCCUGCAGCGUUGUGGAUGUGGAGUUCCUCCCUGUGUAUCACCCCAGCACUGAGGAGAGCAGGGACCCCACCCUCUAUGCUAACAAUGUCCAGAGAGUCAUGGCACAGGCCCUGGGCAUUCCAGCCACUGAAUGUGAAUUUGUAGGGAGUUUGCCUGUGAUUGUGGUGGGCCGGCUGAAGGUGGCAUUGGAGCCACAGCUCUGGGAACUGGGAAAGGUGCUUCGUAAGGCUGGGCUAUCCCCUGGCUGUGUGGACGCUGGGGCUGAGCCAGGCCGGAGUCGAAUGAUCAGCCAGGAAGAGUUUGCCAGGCAGCUACAGCUCUCUGAUCCUCAAACAGUGGCUGGUGCCUUUAGCUACUUCCAGCAGGAUGCCGAGGGUAUGGUGGACUUCCGAGAUGUAGCCCUUGCACUAGCAGCUCUGGAUGGGGGCAGGAGCCUCAAGGAGCUGACUCGCCUGGCCUUUGAGCUGUUUGCUGAAGAGCACACAGAGGGGCCCGGCCGCCUGCUGUACAAAGACGGCUUCAGCACCAUCCUGCACCUGCUGCUGGGUUCUCCCCACCCGGCUGCCACCACUUUGCAUGCUGAGCUAUGCCAGGCCGGACCCAGCCAAGGCCUCUCCCUCUGUCAGUUCCAGAACUUCUCCCUCCAUGACCCACUCUAUGGGAAGCUCUUCAGCACCUACCUGCGCCCCCCACACACCUCCCAGAUACCAAAUGCCUCAUCCCAAGGCAGCCCCACUUCCCUGGCCAACGGGACUGGGCAAGCGCCCAAGCAGAAGGGCGACUGAGCACCUCCACCCCAUCUCUGCUCCUGUUUGACUUUUGUUAUCAUUAUCUGUUUUGUUAAGUUGAUUUUAAUUUUUUGUUUGGUUGUGUUUUUUGUAAGAAACUAUUUUAUAUAUAAAUAUAAAUCUAUAUCUAUAUCUAUUAAAAAAAAUGAAGCUCAGUCA